UGUCAGGAGAUGAAUUUUUCGCCCUGUCCUGAGAAAACCCUGGCUAAAAUGGGAGAGAAAUAAAAACUGUGGACAUAUGUGGGAACAACUGGCCGGCUCUUGGCCCCGUCUAGGUUGGUACCAGUGCUAGACAGAGAGGUGGCAGCCUGAUUGGAUUACCUAAGUCAAAGGCGCAUGGGGAUUGGCUGCUGGUCUGUUUCGUGUUUCCAACUUCGAGGGAUUCUCGCGACAGGACCUGCUUGAACUGUGUGUUGGAGCGGUCUAAACACACACACAUUCACAGAGAUCCACACAUUUCAGCAGGAAAAUACUGCACUGAACACUGUAAAUCAAACACGCACGUGCACACACACACAGCACACACAAACACAUCUGUCCUGCAGUACACACCAAGCCCUCUGUACCACCGAGCUGUCCAGUGUGGACAGCAACAGGACCAGCGUGUCGACGAUGACAUCACACAGCCACCAAGAGGGGAUCCUGGGCAAGGAGCAGCCACUGGAGGUUCUCAAGACAUCGGCGCUCAACCACAUCCCAACAGUGGACAUUAACUCAGCCCUGCCCCUGCGUCUCCCUCCGGCUGCCAUCCCCAUGGAUCUGCGUGUGGACCAUCACCACCAGCAGCAGCAGCAGCAGCAGCUGUCCUCGCUCUCCCCACCCGGCCAGCAGACGUCGGGACCAGGGUCCCUGGGAGGAUCAGGACAGGCUGGUGGGGCUGUGGUGCCAGGCUCGGCCCGUGAACAGCAGCUUCAGCAAGAGCUGCUGGCCCUGAAGCAGAAGCAGCAAAUCCAGAGGCAGAUCCUCAUCGCUGAGUUCCAGCGCCAGCAUGAGCAGCUGUCCCGCCAGCACGAGGCCCAGCUCCAGGAACACAUCAAGCAGCAACAGGAGCUGCUUGCAUUGAAGCACCAGCAGGAGCUGCUGGAGCACCAGAGGAAGAUGGAGAACCACCGUCUGGAGCAGGAGCUGGAGAAGCAGCAGAGGGAGCAGAAACUCCAGCUGCUCAAGAACAAGGAGAGGGGGCAAGAGAGUGCUGUGGCCAGUACGGAGGUCAAGAUGCGUCUGCAGGAGUUUGUCCUGAACAAGAAAAAGGCCCUGGCCCAGCGGAGCCUCAACCAAGGAGGCGUCCCCAACGACGCUCCCUACUGGUACCGGAAAACCCAGCACAGCUCCCUGGACCAGAGCUCCCCUCCACAAACCGGUGUGUCCACUUACAACCAUCCUGUGCUGGGCAUGUACAACCCCCGGGAUGACUUCCCACUCCGAAAGACUGCCUCGGAGCCCAACCUGAAGCUGCGUUCCAGGCUGAAGCAGAAAGUAAGCGAGAGGAGGAGCAGUCCGCUGCUGCGGCGUCGCGACAGCCCCAUCGCUACUGCCAAGAAACGCUCACUAGACAUGGCAGACUCUGCGUGUAGCAGUGCCCCUGGCUCAGGCCCCAGCUCCCCCAACAACAGCUCCAACAACAUCCCCAAUGAAAACGGCAUCACUGUGGCAGUCUCCAACAGCACGGAGGCAUCUCUGGCCCAGAGGCUGUGCAGCGGUGCUGAGCGGGGCUCUGUUAACCAGCUGUCCCUCUACACCUCGCCCUCCUUACCCAACAUCACCCUGGGGCUGCCCGCCACUGCCACUGCCACCGCUGCUUCCAAUGUGACCUCGGCCCAGCAGGAGGGCAGCCUGCAGCCAGCCCUCUCCCUCAGCCCACCCUUCCUGUCCGGCGGCCACCUGCCCCCCUACCUGGCUGAGGCAGGAGCGGGCACGGGUGGGCACAGUCCACUACUGCAGCACAUGGUGCUGAUGGAGCAGAGCCCAGCACAGAGUCCGCUGGUCACAGGCGUAAGCGGCCUGUCCAUGCCGUCUGCGGCCUCCAUGGCCAAGCUGCAGCGGCAGCACCGACCCCUGGGACGGACCCAGUCGGCACCCCUGCCCCAGGGCAGUGCGGCCCAGGCCCACGCCCAGGCCCUGGCCCUGCAGCAGCUGGUGGUCCAGCAGCAGCACCAGCAGUUUCUGGAGAAGCACAAGCAGCAGUUCCAGCAGCAGCAGCUCCACCUCAACAAGAUGAUGACCAAGCCCAGUGAGCAGUCGGUGGGCCGGCAGCACCAGAGCCACCCCGAGGAGACGGAGGAGGAGCUGAGGGAGCAUCAGGAUGGGGCCGCCCUGCCACCGGGGGUCACCAUCAAGCAGGAGCCGCCCGACCCACAGGAGCUCCAGGAGGAGGCGCUGCAACACCGGGAGAGGGAGCGGGAGAGGCAGGCAGAGCAAGAGCUGCUCUUCAGACAGCAGGCCCUGUUGUUGGAGCAGCAGAGGAUCCACCAGCUGAGGAACUACCAGGCCUCCAUGGAAGCUGCUGGCCUGCAAAUCUCCUUCCCGGGGCACCGCCCCCUCUCUAGGGCCCAGUCGUCUCCGGCCUCAGCUCCCUCCUUUCCUAUCAAUGUACCGCAACCCGAGCCGCCCGCCAAACCUCGCUUCACGACAGGCCUGGUGUAUGACUCUCUGAUGCAGAAGCAUCAGUGUAUGUGUGGAAAUACCAACAGCCACCCGGAGCACGCCGGGCGGAUUCAGAGCAUUUGGUCCCGGCUGCAGGAGACGGGGCUCAGGGCGCAGUGCGAGUGUAUCCGUGGGAGGAAGGCCACUCUGGAAGAGCUGCAGACAGUCCACUCUGAAGCCCACGUCCUACUGUAUGGAACCAACCCUCUCCGACAGAAACUUGACUGUUCAAUCACUCCCAUGUUCGUAAGGCUCCCGUGUGGAGGGGUCGGGGUGGAUAGCGACACCAUUUGGAACGAGGUGCACUCCUCCAGCGCAGCACGUCUGGCUGUCGGCUCUGUAGUGGAGCUUGUCUUCAAAGUCGCCACCGGAGAGCUGAAGAAUGGUUUUGCUGUGGUCCGCCCUCCUGGACACCACGCAGAGGAAAGCACUCCCAUGGGCUUCUGCUAUUUCAACUCGGUAGCCAUCGCAGCCAAACUGCUCCAGCAGAGACUCAACGUCAACAAGAUCCUCAUUGUGGACUGGGAUGUUCACCAUGGCAACGGCACCCAACAAGCAUUCUACGAUGACCCUAAUGUCUUGUACCUGUCUAUCCAUCGCUAUGACGACGGCAACUUCUUCCCUGGUAGUGGGGCGCCUGAUGAGGUGGGCAGCGGGCCCGGAGUGGGCUUCAACGUCAACGUAGCCUUCACUGGUGGUCUGGACCCACCCAUGGGAGAUGUGGAGUACCUGGCGGCCUUUAGGUCGGUGGUGAUGCCCAUAGCCAAUGAGUUUGCUCCAGAUAUCGUGCUGGUCUCCUCAGGCUUUGACGCUGUGGAGGGCCACCCUCCCCCACUGGGCGGCUACACCCUGACCUCCAAAUGUUUUGGCUAUCUGACCCGGCAGCUGAUGACCCUGGCCGGGGGUAGGGUGGUCCUGGCUCUUGAGGGGGGUCAUGACCUCACCGCCAUCUGUGACGCCUCCGAGGCCUGCCUGGCAGCCCUGCUGGGCCAGGAGCUUGAUCCACUGCCAAAGUCCGUUCUGGAGCAGAGGCCCAACCCCAACGCUGUUCGCUCUCUGGAGAAAGUUAUCGAGACUCAUAGUAAGUACUGGCGCUCGGUGCAUCGCUCGUCCCCCCGGCUCGGUCUCUCCCUGCUGGAAGCCAAGAGAGGAGACUCCGAGGAGGCCGAGGCCGUCAGCGCCAUGGCCUCGCUCUCUGUGGCCAACACCAAUACCAUGGAUCACAGGCCAGAGGAGGAACCGAUGGAAGAGGAGGAACCACUGUAACGGAGGGAACCAUCAGGGUGUCGCGCUGUCACCGUUGACCUCUCCGGAGAACGAACGCCUCUUUGUGCUGCGAAGAGCCUCGACUGAUCCCUUCAUUUAGUCCCCCUAACCCCACUCACCACGUCAGUCACCUUGAUUGGCGGCCCCUCAGCCACUGAGGGAGAGGGGGUGGGCUCAGCCUCGGAGUAGGGAGCCAAUCAGGAGACAGAGGACUGAAUUGGAACAAAAAAUAAACAAAACAAAACAAAAGCUCAGCGUUGCUUCGCAGCACUCGCUCAGAGACACACAUUUUCUGCCAGUCUUCACACCCCCACGUUAGCCCACGCGGGCUAGCAAAGCGACCGCGUCUGAAGGCAGUAGGCGAGUGGAUUUGGGGCGGUGGUGCAAACGGGCCUUGUCGCAGAAGGGUGUAACACGCUCCUGCGCAGAAAAA